CUUUUGUUCUCAGCAGGUGCUCUUGGACACUGACCCAAAGGGCAGUGUGGCAGUUUUGGCUCUUAGCUAGGCUCAAUGUUCUGGCAAGCUCUGGCGGCACUGCGCUGCGAGGCUGAAGUCCUUCGUCCCUUGUCCCUUGAUGAGGCUUAUGGGCAGUUGACCCAAGAAGAAGCUGCUAUCAACACCAGGGAUUCUCCCUGCACUUGGGCUGCUUCUUCAAGGGUCAACAGCUGAGGGGCCUUGGCUUGGCGGUUGCUUUGGCUCUGCUGCUCGGCUGGUCCGUCACGGAGAGGCUUGCACGCCCAAAGCAGCUUGGUCCCUCGCCUUGGAUCAGGUCUUGGCCGAGCGCGCCCAAGUUCUUCAGGCACAGCUGGAAGGGCCAUCGUAGCUGCAGUGACGCUGACUCCAGUGACUCUAGUGCGGGCCCAGAGAAGUUGAGGUGAAUUCAGUGUGGCACGUAGAUUAACCAGCUCUGGGUGAUGUACCUUGGCAUUUCUGCAAUCGAAACCAGACUGCAAAAGUGAGAAGAUCCUUGUUCCACCAAUGAAGAAGCUGGUUCCAGAUGUCACGAGCCGCGCGGAGCUCAGCUUUGUACAAGGAGUCGCGCGCAGAGUUGGCUCCACUGCAAGCUCAAUGGCGGCUGAUUCAUCGGCAGGGAGCUUGCGGCAAGAUGACAGUGGCCAACAGCAGAGAGGACGAUCAGAAGUGGCCGUCCGACGAGGAGGACGGCUCCGGACAUGCGCAGACACAGAAAACGCCGUCCGAACAAAACGAGCUCUCCUUCUUGUGCAGCCGUCCUGACUGGACUGGAAGAGUACCUAUAGGACCAAGAUGGACCAAGAUCGGUAUCUGCUUGCCUAGAUAGGUUAUGAGUUAUGACGGAGAUGAUGAGAUCCUGCCGUGAUGUAUGAAGGAUCUGAGGCUCUCGCCAAGAUCAACCCAAUUACGACCAAAGAGCACGAUUCGUCCGUGUCUGUGUGGUUCGGGGGGGAUCCCAAGCGGCGAGCCGUGAAGAAUGGUUUGGGAAGUUUUGGGUUCUAACAAUUGGCUUAUUUCAUCAACAGGCUCAACAGGCCCAAAUUGUUGUAAAACAGGAAGCUACAAUAUGAUAUGCAAUACAUAUAUAUAUAUAUAUAUUCGAUAUAUUUACAUAUAUAGUUAUUAUAUUAUAGAUAGAGAUCGUACAAUGUUUUGAGUGCUGUUUGAGCUCACCAAUUGGAGUCACACCCACAUCAGUCAAUUUGUUGAUAUGACAGAAGAUAAUUUGAAUGACCAUGGCUUUGAACACAUCACAUCAUUUGUGUUUCUUUCAAACUAGACGCAAGUCUUGCAGGGCGGCCAGCUGAGGAAAUUCUAUUGUUUUCAUGAUUUUUCCAUGUGUAUAGGGGUGGGUCGUUUGUCUUGAGAAACAGUACCCCUUCAUAUUGGCAUGGUUCAAGUAGCUGCAAAGGACACUGGUCGCUGCUGUCCGGACAUCCUGAUGGCCGUGAGGAGUUCUGAGCGUUAAGAUGACCCUCCCUGCUUGUAGAGGAACAUGGUCUGUCCAACAGAUGAACGAAACUGAGCGAAAAAAGGACCACCAGCUCUGACAAGCGUCCAUGUUACGGGAAAUGACCCUUUGUCACACUUUUGGUCCACGAAGGCAUCGAUCAAACAAUCGGUCUGAACACAAUAUGGGGGACUGCUUCUUGUCUUGCAUUCUCGCGUUGCACUAGAGUGAACAAUAAUGUUCGGCGACAGUCGCAGUGUGAGCAAUUCGCUGAGGGUCCUGAGCUCGUUGUAAGCACCAUCGAGCCGUUUCUUCGAUAAAAUUGAUCCAACAUGAUCCAACUGUUGCUGAACUGAACCCAAAAUGAAUGCGUCCGGGGCGGGGUACGUGAAUGCUGGCAUGACCCGCGUGCGGGAUUUUUUCUUGCGUUCACAUCGCCCCCUCUCUCUCUCUCUCCCUCUCCCUCCCUCGCUCCUAUCAUCAAAUUGGGGUUCCCCGGUUCCCCCCAAAUGGG